CAGUGAUGCUUUUCCUGCAUUUCACCAGAAGAGGGUAGAGUUUGAAAAGCACUUGACGUCACCCUGGAAUUCCUAUUGUGCUUAAAAACAGCAAGGGGAAAACAAGAUCAACUUUCGCCUUGAUAUACUAGUAUCCCUUGCUUGAAGGAGACAGUGAGGAGUUCAGAAAAAAAGCCCUGCAUAUCAGAAGAAACCCAACAGAUUUCCCCCCUUGUGAAGCCAAAGCACAGCAACUGCUGCCUAUGGGACAUACAUCUCUCUCACAACUGGCUGUGAGUUCACUCUUCUUCUUCUUCUUCUUCAGGUAUAAGGCAUUUGUUGACAGGCAAGAUUCUCUGAUGACAGACCAAUGCCACUUCAGAAAAAAGGAAAAGCCCAAAACACUCUCCAGCACCGGGUGAGUUUCCUUAAGUGUAUCUUCUACUAUUUGUCUGAAUCUUUUGGAGCAAAAGCUGUUUUUCACACAACUGUGGUCUCGAACAGAAGCAGCUGGAGAACUUCUCUUUACUGCAGCUUGUUGCAUUCUUUGCAAGGUUUCGUAGCAUGCAGAUGUGCUGCUGUAACAUUUUCUAGCCUUGGUCAAAAACUGUGCUGUUCAGGUUUUGCUUACACACACCUCACUGUCUCAGAUUUCUUCCAAAACUACUUUGGUAUAUAUUUGUAGAGAAGACGAGACUGCAAUAACAUUUAAAAUGACAGAUGACAUCAGUUUUCAAGAGCUGGACAGUGAUGGGUCAGAAAGCAGUGAAGAAAUGGAAAUUAUCGUCAAUGUUGGCGGAGUGAGGCAGGUGUUGUAUGGAGAUCAUUUGAACCAGUAUCCAGAUACCAGACUAGCAAAGCUUAUAAACUGCUUGCCAGGAGGAUAUGACACUAUUUUCUCCCUUUGCGACGACUAUGAUCCUGGCAAAAGAGAGUUUUAUUUUGACAGAGACCCGGAUGCUUUUAAAUGCAUUAUUGAUUUCUACUAUUUUGGGGAGGUGCACAUGAAGAAAGGAAUAUGUCCCAUUUGCUUCAAGAAUGAAAUGGAAUUCUGGAAAGUGGACUUGAAAUACCUGGAUGACUGCUGCAAAACUCUGCUCAGUGAAAAGAAGGAGGAACUCGAAGAGAUCGCUCGUAGGGUCCAGUUGAUCUUGGAUGAUUUGGGCUUGGAUUCUAAUGAAAGCAGCUGGAAAAAGUGCCAAAAAUUUAUUUGGAAAUUUCUGGAGAAGCCAGAAUCUUCCUAUCCAGCUAGAGUAGUAGCAGUCGUGUCUUUUCUGCUUAUUCUUCUCUCAUCGGUAGUGAUGUGUGUGGGGACUAUCCCAGAACUGCAGGUGUUGGAUGAGGAGAGAAAACCGGUGGAGCACCCAGCUCUGGAUAAGAUUGAAACAGCUUGCAUCAUCUGGUUUACCCUUGAAUAUGUCCUUAGGCUCAUCUCUUCUCCAAACAAGUUGAACUUUGCUUUGUCUUUCAUGAACAUCAUUGACAUUUUUGCAAUACUUCCAUUCUACAUCAGCCUGAUAUUGACUCACUUGGGGACCAAAUUGAUGGAGUUAACCAAUGUGCAGCAAGCUAUCCAGGCACUGCGGAUCAUGAGGAUUGCAAGGAUUUUCAAACUGGCACGUCACUCAUCCGGUCUACAAACUCUGACCUAUGCACUUAAGAGGAGCUUCAAGGAACUGGGGCUUCUGCUGAUGUAUUUGGCUGUGGGGAUUUUUGUGUUUUCUGCUCUUGGUUACACAGUGGAGCAAAGUCACCCCGAAACACUCUUUAAGAGCAUCCCUCAGUCCUUUUGGUGGGCUAUCAUAACCAUGACCACCGUGGGUUAUGGGGACAUCUAUCCAAAGACAACACUGGGGAAGCUCAAUGCUGCCAUCAGUUUCCUGUGUGGGGUCAUAGCCAUUGCAUUGCCCAUCCAUCCCAUCAUUAAUAACUUUGUCAGAUAUUAUAACAAACAAAGGGUUUUGGAAACAGCGGCCAAACAUGAGCUGGAAUUGAUGGAGCUGUAUGCAGAUGAGAAGAAGAAGGGAAGUCACCAAGAUGAUGAAUUAGGUUGUCACUUGGACAAAGAAAAGGGUGAUUCCCAGUGGAGCAGCCGACCCAAAUUCUCCUACAGUGAUACCUUCCUUCACCUCCUUUUAGAUGAACAUCGCCACCCAAAUAGGCUUCAGAGCUGUAAGUAGACUGUAAGUUGAUUUCCAUUCAGCAGAUGGACAAUCUCAUAGAGAAGGAAGCAAAGGAACCUCCUCUUUCCCACUCACAAUUCCAUCUCAGUUUGGUAAGCUAAAACACAAAAAACAGUAUGUCCAAAUACGACAUAUCCAAUUUCUUUGUAAUCAUUUCGGAAGGGAGAACAACUGUGGCAACCAUGCUUGGUAAAUGUAUCAUGUGGUUGUGAAGCCUUGUAAAGUAAUUAAAUUGUGUACAAUAAUAAACAAAGAAUAGCAAAA